AACAGUGCCUUCAUAACAAGAGAAUUUUAAUCUUAAAAAAAAAAACAGAGCCAAUAAAUUGUCUCUUAACACAUCAUAGAAAUCAUCAAGAAAAUAAAAGUAACAUAAUAAAGUGUUUUGUAAAUUGAAUAUGGUUAAUAGAAAACAAUUACCACCUCCAACAACAAAGCGACGAAAUAUUAUUCAAUCAUUGCCAGUUUCAUCAUCUCCAGCUGCCGCAAGCGUCACAACAUCACAAUCAUCAUUAAACACCACCGCCACCUGUAAAAGCUCAAACAGCCGUGAAAUGUCUACCCGCCAAAGUUAUGUGUUCUUAGGUUUAGCCGUACUGUUAACAAUUAUAGCCACAGUCCAAUCUGGACCAGUAUCAACAACAACGCAAGCUGAGAUAUAUUUAUCACAAUUUGGUUACUUACCCGCCUCCGCUCGCAAUUCUGCCAAUGGUGGUCUCCUGGAUGCCAAUACCUGGUUCAAAGCUGUGCAGGAUUUUCAAAGUUUUGCCGGUUUGAAUGUGACCGGUGAUCUGGACUCCGAAACCAUGGAAUUAAUGUCACUGCCUCGUUGUGGUGUACGCGAUAAGGUGGGCUUUGGCAAUGACAAUCGCUCAAAGCGUUAUGCCCUUCAAGGCAGCCGUUGGCGUGUAAAGGCUUUAACCUACAAAAUCUCCAAAUACCCCAAGCGUUUGAAGAAACCUGAUGUUGAUGCUGAAAUCUCUAGAGCUUUUGCUGUCUGGAGUGAAUAUACAGAUCUCAGUUUUACACCCAAAAGUUCUGGACCAGUACAUAUUGAAAUUAAAUUUGUUGAAAGUGAACAUGGUGAUGGUGAUGCUUUCGAUGGUGUGGGUGGUACUUUGGCUCAUGCUUUCUUCCCCGUGUUUGGUGGAGAUGCUCAUUUUGAUGAUGCUGAAGUAUGGACCAUUGGCAGUCCUCGUGGCACCAAUCUAUUCCAAGUAGCUGCCCAUGAAUUUGGUCACUCUUUGGGUUUAUCACAUUCAGAUGUACGUUCGGCUCUAAUGGCUCCUUUCUAUCGUGGCUUUGAACCUGUUUUCAAAUUGGAUUCUGACGAUGUUUUAGCCAUACAAGCCUUGUAUGGCAAAAAAUCUUCCUCAAGUGGUAGUAAUGGACACAAUCCCACUAGCGGAGGUGCCUUCCCACGUACCACACAAAGACCCGCCUUUGCUCCACCACGUACACCCCGUGAUGAUCAGUUGUGUAAAGAUCCCAAAAUCGAUGCUCUCUUCAAUUCAGCCGAUGGCCAGACAUAUGCUCUCAAGGGUAAUAAAUAUUAUAAGCUUACCGAAAACUCAGUUGCCGAUGGUUAUCCCAAACUUAUAUCGGAAGGAUGGCCAGGUUUACCAGCCGAUAUUGAUGCUGCUUUUACGUAUAAAAAUGGCAAAACGUAUUUCUUCAAGGGUACCAAAUAUUGGCGCUACAAUGGCCGUCAAAUGGAUGGCGACUAUCCCAAAGAGAUUAGUGAAGGUUUCACCGGCGUACCCGAUCAUUUGGAUGCUGCCAUGGUUUGGGGCGGUAAUGGCAAAAUUUACUUCUACAAGGGCAGUAAAUUCUGGCGUUUUGACCCCUUGAAGAGACCACCAGUUAAGUCCAGCUACCCUAAGCCCAUUUCAAAUUGGGAAGGCUUGCCAAAUAGUUUAGAUGCUGCCUUACAAUACACCAAUGGUUAUACCUACUUCUUUAAGGGUGACAAAUACUAUCGGUUUAACGAUAGAACAUUUGCAGUCGAUUCUGCUGAUCCUCCAUUCCCCCGCCCUUCAGCCCACUGGUGGUUCGGUUGCAAGAAUACGCCCUCAACAACAGGUAAUAUUGUGGAAAAUUCACAGGAAACUGAAUUGCAUGAAUCAUCUUUCAAUGAUUAUGACAAUGAUGAUACAGUAUUUGAUGCAGGCUUUGAUGACCAUCAGCCCAAUGACGAAGCCACCGCUGAUCGUUCCAAUAUGUCAAGUGCCACCACAAAUACCAGCAACAACUUUAAAAGUAUAAUAUUGGCCACCAUUGUAAUGAUGUUUGUAGCAAAAUUUAUUGUUAGCUAAAAGCAAAUUAUUAUCAAAUCUUUUUGGACAAUAAAUUAGGACCCUUUCACAAAAUGAAAGAAAGAAUGAAUGAAUAUAAACACACACAAUAUGUAGAUAAACUAUACCUAAUAAUAAGAAGAAAAAUAAGAAAAUAAUUAAAAUAAAAUUCAAAAUUUUAUUUUAAAUUAUAACGAAAAAGAACUUAAAAGAAAACAAGAGGAAGAAAAAAUUAAAACAAAACUUACAAAAAGAAAGUAAAAGGAAAAAGCCGCUUAAUAACAAAAAUGAAAUAAUUUUUAUUAAUAAUGAAAUAUUUCAUAAUUUCAUAAUAUAUACUUAUACAUAUACAGUUAGUCAUUAGUUUACAUAAAAAGUGCCUUUUUCUGAAAACAAAACAAAACAUUUCUUAUUAUAAAUUAGACAGUUGGCAAGUGUUAAUAUAUAUUAAAAACUUUAAACAAAUUUCCCCCCUACAACGAUUUAAGUACAUAUUUCCAUUGUUUUGUUAACACUACCUGCCUAUGCCUGUUUUUAAUUUUCUAUAACCUUAAUUGUGAUAUUGCUUUACAAAAUUUAUUGAAAAUCCCCCUAAAGUUUUCAUUAUAUUUAUCACUUGCUGCUUAAAACAAUAAAUUAUUAUUUUUCUUUUUUACAUUUAUUAUUUUGUCUUUUGUAAAUAUAAUGUUUUUUUUACUUAUUUCUAAAUAAAUUUAUAAUAAAAAAAUCAUUCAAAACUUUUUUGAAAUCCCCAAUUCAAAAUCAUAUCUUACUACCACACAACAACAACAACAAAAAACACUAACAAAUUAGUAUAAACAUUCCUUAACAAAAUAUACAUACAUAUAUUUAUAUAAAACUUUUCUCUUUUUUUCUAUAAAUGUGAAAAAUAAUUAAAAUUAGCUUUAGACUUAAACGUAAUUUAGUGUGUAUAACUUUAUUUAAUUAUAAGUAAAACUUAAAAAAAAACCUGAAAAAAUCAUUUUAAAAUUGUUGUUUCUCAUUUCACACCAGUUUACGUUUAAGUUUUUCUUAAAAAUCAAAAAAACAAAAAAAUAUAAAACAUUUUUCUUGUCCAAUUACUCAAGAGUAUUUUUCAAAGAAUUGUUAUUAUAACGUUUAAAAAAUCAAACGAAUUAUAAAUUUUAUUAAAAAUAUAAUCAUCAUCCACAAAGAUCUUUGUAAAAUAGCUUGUAAUUAUUAGUUAUUUCAAUUUAUUAUUAUUUUUUUAUUUCAUUUAUUAUUUUUUAAUUUAAUUCUUAUUUUUUUAAAUGCAAAUCAAAUGUCAACAAAGUCAACAAAAAUUUAUUUUUUGAAAUAAAACGAUAUACUUGUCGGAAUUAAUAUUUAACUCCGAAUAUUAUUAUUGUAAUCAAUUAAACAUUUUUAUAGUUAUUUUAAUAUAAUUAAUGAAACUGUGUAUUAUACAUUAAAAAAAAAACGUCUAUAUAAAAAAUGAACAAAUAAAAAAAUAUUUAAAAAAUAUAAAACAA